CACCGCCCCCCGCACCUCCCGGAACCAGGGAGACAAAAGGGAGGGCCGCAGUCAGCCCCGCCCCCGUCCCGCCCCGCCCCGCGCGGCCGGCGGGGCUCCUGGCUCCCGCGCCCCCCACCGCCGCCUCCAUGUACCCCACGGGCCCUCCGGCUGGCCCGGCCCCGCGGCGCGGCCGCCACGCCCCGCCCGGGCGCCUGGCGCAGACGCCGCGGCCUCCCGCCCCCGCCCCGGGCCCCGCCGCGCGGCCCCGCGUGGCCGUGAAGAUGGCCUUCCGAAAGGCCUACUCCAUCAAGGACAAGCUGCGGGCCAUCGAGCGCGUCAAGGGUGGCGAGCGGCAGGCCAGCGUGUGCCGCGACUUCGGCGUGCCCGGCGGCACGCUGCGGGGCUGGCUCAAGGACGAGCCGAAGCUCCGCUGGUUCCUGGAGCAGCUGGGCGGCGAGGCGGGCACGCAGCGCAAGAAGAUGCGCCUGGCCAACGAGGAGGAGAUCGACCGCGCCGUGUACGCGUGGUUCCUGGCGCUGCGCCGGCACGGCGUGCCGCUGUCCGGGCCUCUCAUCCAGGCGCAGGCCGAGGCCUUCGCGCGCCAGAUCUACGGGCCCGAGUGCACCUUCAAGGCCAGCCACGGCUGGUUCUGGCGCUGGCAGAAGCGCCACGGCAUCUCCAGCCAGCGCAUCUACGGCGAAGCCGAGCCGCCCGCCGCCGGGCCCGCGCUCCGCCCGCCGGUCAAGCAGGAGACCCCGCCGCCCCCGAGCGCCGCCCCCCGGCCCGCCCGCGCCCCGGCCCCGCCGCCCCCGGCCGAGGGCGCCUACGGCGACGAGCAGAUCUACAACGCCAAUGUCACCGGCCUCUACUGGAGGCCGCUCCCGGAGCAGGCUGCGCCCCUGGGCGCGGGGGACGGCGGCCGGCGCUGGCGGGGCGACCGGGUGACCGUGCUGCUGGCCACUAACCUGACCGGCAGCCACAAGCUGAAGCCGCUGGUCAUCGGGCAGCUGCCAGACCCGCCCAGCCUGCGGCACCACAGCCGGGACAAGCUCCGGGCCUCCUACCGCUACAGCCCCGAAGCCUGGCUCAGCCACCCCCUGCUGCGGGGCUGGUUCUUCGAGGAGUUUGUGCCCGGCGUCCGGCGCCACCUGCGCCGCCGCUGCCUGCAGCAGAGGGCCGUGCUGCUGGUGGCCCGCCCGCCCGGGGCGCCCGCCCUGGAGGGGAGCGAGGACACCCCCCGGAGGUUCUGGUCCGAGCUUCUGGGCUCCCCCGAGGAGCUACAGACCCCCGACGGGGCCGUGCGAGUGCUGUUCCUGCCCCAGGACAGCGGCCGGCCGCACAGCCCUGCGCCGCUGGAGCAGGGCGUGGGGGCUGCGUUCCAGCGGCUGUACCGGCGGGAGCUGCUCCGCCUGGCCGCCCGCGCCGGGGGCUCCCCGCUGGACUUCGCCCGCAGCUUCGUGCUCAGGGACAUGCUCCACCUGGCCGGCCUCUCCUGGGACCUGGUGCAGGCCGGCGGCAUCGAGCGGUGCUGGCUGCUGGGCUUGCGGGCUGGGCAGGCCGAGGCGGCCGAGCACGGCAGGGUGCUCAGCGACCUCAGCCGCCUGGCAGCCCUGGCCUACGAGCGCCUGGCACCUGAGGAGGCGGCCGAGUGGCUGCACUUGGACGGCGAAGGGGGGCUGCUCGAUGGCUGCGGGGAGGACGCAGGCCUCGGCCGGGCCCCCGCACUGGCCCCUGUGGCCCCUCCGUCCCUGGGCAGCCUACCCUCGGUCAUGGACGGCGGGGAGGAGGAGGAGGCGGCGGCCGCCACGCCCACCGCUGGGGAGGCAGCUCGGGGUCUGGAGACGGCUCUCCGGUGGUUGGAGAGCCAGGACCCCGGGGAGGUGGGGCCCCUGAACCUGGUGCAGCUGCGCUGCCUGAUCAGCACCGCCAGGAGGCUGGGGAGCAUCGGGCCCGCCCCCGCAGCCCCCCGCCACGGGGUGUGACAAGCCAGUGCUGUUGGCCCAGGGGCCUUGGUCCUGUCGCACCUGGAAGGAGGGGCAAGUCUCCCCUCUGCCCUCCCCGAGUGGCCACCCCGGGGCUGGGGGUUACAGGGACUCGUGUGGGCUCUUGGUGGAGGGUUGUCCUGCUCCACUGGCCCCCCCAUCUCCUGGGGGAGCUGGAAAAGGCCCCUGCUCCUGCUCCUCGCCGGUGCCAGGAGCCCUCCCAUGCACACUGGCUCCUGCACACACGGCACCGCUCACUCGGCCACCAGGACCCCAGCAGCAGCACACCCCCUCCCCCCUGCUCUCCCCAUGCCUGCAAAGGCACAGGCUGGCCCGUCUGCCCACCCUGAGCCUCGGUCUGUGGGUUCCUGUGGCUUCUCAGUGGGGAGGCAUGACCCUUAGGUUUAUUUUUAUCACACUAAGGCCAUUUUUACAGAUGAGGGGGGGGGGGGGGGUCAGUCCCCAGCCUGGGUCGAGUCUCACUCCGGGUCUGGGAGACAGUGCCCAGCACGCAGGCCUCCUAAUGUGGAUGCAGCAGAAGUGUCUGUUCACUGGGACUCCUAACUUUCCCGAGAACAUGCAUUCUCCGAGCAGCU